AUGGCUUCGGACAAGAACGAACCCAUCGCGAUCCUUGGGGCGGGAGCUUGGGGCUUGUCGACGGCCUUGCACCUUUUCAAUGCGGGCUACACAAACAUCACAGUCUUCGACCAGGCCUCCGAGAUACCCUCACCAUAUUCUGGAGCAUACGAUUUGAACAAGAUCGUCCGAGCAGAGUAUGAAGAUAACUUCUAUACAGAAUUGGCACUUGAGGCCAUCAAUCAGUGGAAGACUCCCUUCUGGGGAUCCAGCUUCCAUCAAGUGGGCUAUGUUCUCGCAACUUCGGGCGCGGCACCUGAAAAGGCCGUCAAACAUCUGCAAGAUGCCCUUGUGUCGGUCAAGGACCACCCAGUCUUUGCUCCAGGCAUCACCAUGCUGAACGAGAACGACGACUUCAAGAAGGUGUAUUGGCAGUUUUCCGGGCCCAUGCGCGGCUUCAAAGGAUACUUCAAUCGCCUGGCCGGAUAUGCCCAUUCGUCCAACGCCAUGAUAGACACACAUCGGCAUCUCGUUGGUAGAGGAGUCAAGUUUGUCCUGGGACCCAAAGAUGGUAGAGCCGUGAAGCUUCUGUACAGCGGCAACGAGAGCUCUGCCGAGAGGCGCUGCAUCGGAUUCCAGGUGGCGAGCGGACAGGUCCAUCAAGCCCGACGCACCAUCGUCUGUCUGGGAGCUUCGGCAGCCACGCUUCUCCCAAGCGUGGGGUCUUUUGUUGUCGCCAAGUGCUGGUCGGUAGCUCACGUCCAACUCACGGAACGGGAAUGCGACUACCUGCGUGGAAUCCCAGUCCUCAACAUCCGAGAUCUAGGGUUCUUUUUCGAGCCAGAUCCCGCCACCAGACUCCUCAAGCUGUGUCCUCUGGGCGCCGGAUAUAUCAACUCAGACACGGGCUCUGGAGUCUCGCUACCUCCUGCCGAUCUACUAAACUCGCCAAAGGACUAUAUCCCGCUUUCUGAUGAGCGGAAGCUGAGGAGACUACUUGAAGAAACGCUGCCGUGGCUAGCUGACCGCCCGUUUGUGGAGAAAAAGAUGUGCUGGUUCGCAGAUACAUCAGACUCGGAGUAUUGCAUUGACUUUGUGCCAGGCACGGGAGACUCUCUGGUCGUCAUGUCUGGAGAUUCGGGACACGGGUUCAAGAUGAUGCCAAUCGUCGGCCAAUGGGCCCUGAAGCUCCUGGAAGACGGAAAGCAGGUCUUGUCCAGGUGGCAGUGGAAGCAAAGUCAAGGCAAAGGGGGGAAAGAAUGGGGCGACGAGGUGACCUGGAGGAUCGGAACGACUGGGGAGGUCAAGGACAUUGUGGCCGAGAAGGAGAAAAUGCUCAAAGCACGCCUGUAG